UCAUCCCGCUAUUUUACUGUUAUUGGUCAAUCGCGUCUGAUGUACAUGCUAGACCAUAUUUCCGUGGGAAUUCAAAUUAUUCACGUGUCUAAAUGGCACUUUCUUAAAUUUUCCUAUUCACAUAGACUGAUGUAAUUUAUGUACAGGUUAAAUGUAUCACGUGUUUCCGCUAGUAAUAUAUUUAAUCUUUGUUAUGUUGUGAGUUAUUUAAUCGUAAAUUAGCUGAAAUGUGUAUUUUAAAAUCUAAAAUGGUGUUGGUAAACAUUGUGAUGCGUGCUGUUCUUGCAAUAUUCACAUAUUGUGUUAUUUAAUGCUAAUUUGUUUAUGCUUGUUACCAGUGAUAAGUUUCAAACAACAGUUGAACAUCUUGUUCCAGUUGAUGAUUCAAACAGCUCAACAAAAAAAAAAGAUUUGCAAUGGUGCAGCUUGACUGGAAGAAAUUGUCUGCGAUUUCCCUGGAAGAGCUCACCGAAGAAGAAAAGGACGACUUCUAUGAUACAUUGAUAUGGUACACGCCGGAAGCGGAUGUUGGCGAACCAAAGCUUCGUUUGCUGUACACUGUGGCACAGGAACUGUUGAAGUACAAAGGCAACCAGGUUGAAUCGCUGAUAUCGGAGUUAGAUGAUUUGGCUACGCAGCAUGGUAAGGAUGAAGCGGGAACUCACCGGGCUCUUCUUGAGGAGAUACAGGACCUCCAAGCUCAGUUGGUUGAGUAUCAGUCCACCAGAGCACAACACACAGAUGUCGUUGCCAGCAUGGAUGUGGAAGAACUGCGACAGGCGUUGGUGCGUGCACAGUUGCACAACGAGGAGUUGAUAUCUGAGAUGAAGGCAGUUGAGAAAAACUUGCUGGCUGAAAAACAAGAGGUAGAGAAGUACGCCAGCCAAGUGGUGACCCUGGAACAAGAGAAGGUGGAGCUUCGCCGCGAGCUGUCUGCGGUCCAGAACGAGAUCAGCGAGCAGUUUGAAGCGACGCUGCGGCAGGACUCGCCAGAACUGACGGCAGAGAAGCACCGCGAACUGGUCGAGUCAAUACGUCACAAGAACAAGCACAUCUCUCAGCUCUUGAACGACGUGGAAAAAGUGGAAGGGGAGAACGAGGCGUUGCGGGAGAAGCUCGUCAGCUUGCGGGACGAGCUGUCGGAAGCCGCGAGACAGAUGACAGAAGUGGCCGGGGAGCUGGCCAGCUUGAAGCUGACGUGCCAGGAGAAGGAAGAGAAGCUUACAGAGAGCUCGGAAGAGAUACUGGCUCUCAGGACCCAGGUGAAGGAGCUAGUCGAACAGAAGCUGCUAAGAGAUACCCAUCUCGACCACUUCAGUGAGGCUCUUGAUGCAAGAGUUCAAGAAUGGAAGAGGGUGCUGGAAGAGAAGGAUGCAAUGAUAGAAGAGCUCCAAUCUCGCCUCUCGUUAGUGGCUUCGCAGGCUCCAAGUACGCAGAUUGAUGCAGAACGUAGCAAAGUGGCCUUACUCAUGCAGGCCCUGCAGAAGAGAGAAGAUCAGAUUGACCUGUUGAGGGACCAACUGGAGAAUGCAACGAGGGAAAUGGAAAAAAGUGCAGGCCUGAUUGAAAAAUUGAAACCUCCAGCAAAAUCAAAGAAAAGCGUUAUCCACGAUGUGGAUGCUGAAGCUGCUAUGAAAUUAAAGUUGGAUGAAGCAGAAAAGAAGAUUUCACAGCUUGAAGAGGAAUUGAAAAGCUCUGAUGAAGAUGCCAGAGUGAAAGCUGAAGAACUGGCGAUGGCGGUCGCGCGCCUGCGACAGUACGAGAGCGGGGAGUACGGCCUGGCGCAGGCGGUGGAGGAGAUAAAGGAGCUACGAGCACAAAUGGGGGUGCGAGAGCGGCACAUUCAGCAGCUGGUGCAGGAGGCGAACCGCCUGCACGCCGCCCUUGACGAGCUGGAGGAGCGGAACUUCGCCCUGCGUGAGAAGCUUGGUUUGUCUGCGGAUGACGAGGUGCCGAUAGGCAGCAUCGUGUCUCAACGUAAGAAGGAGAAGCUUCUAAUGCAAGUCCUCCAACAGCAGUCCGAAAGGCUACAGGAUGAGAAACUGCAGCUGCAGUUGAAGAACCGUAAGCUGGUCAAAGAGUUGGAGAAGCUUCAAGGAUAUUCCCAACCAUCGCGUUUUGAACCUGAUCUGCAGACAGUGAAUGACACUGCCAGAGACAAACAACUUGUUGCAGUUGUUGAUCCCAGCAAAGAUAAGUUGGAUGAAGUAUACAGCCAGCACGCCGGUGAAUUGACCCUUGACAAGGAAAGUGCAGCGGAUCACGAAGAGCGCAACUUGAGCAGAGCCUUUGCGUUCUUGGAGGACAAGCUGAGAGGCGUCACCAAAGAAAAUGAAGCCCUUCGAGUCGGCAUGCAUGAGAUACUGGACAGCAUCCGUAGUCAGGAUGGUUCCAGCGACGUCCGGCUGGAGUCGGAGUGCCUGGAGAGGCUGCUGGAGGCCCUGGACGCAAGGCACAUCAGCGGGUGGUACCACCCGGCGAUGAGGCUCCAGGCCCAGGUCCACGCGCUGGAGGGAAGCAACUCAGCCCUCCGUGAGCAGCUCAGGGCCCUCAGGCUGGAAGAGGUGCGUGGUCGCGGGGAGCUUCAGGUGGCACGUACGAGGGCCAAGGAGAUGGAAGGUCGGACAGCGGUCCAGGGCAGCCAACCCGGCGCUGCUUACCGGGAGGCGGCCCUGCCUCCGGACACGUCCCUCUCCAGCGCCGAGCUCCUGGCGCAGCUCAACAGCCAUCUGCUGCGGGUGCUCAACGAAUUCAAUAAAGAAUGUGAGAUGAACAAAGCUCUGAAAACAAAGUUGGAAGAAUUUGGGAAGGAAUAUAAUGUUUUGCACCACCAACAAGGACUGCUGUAUCAGCAUUACGGCGAAGAAAAAGUAACUUGGGAAGAGGAAGCUCGGAGGUUGGAGAAAGACAAGUUAUCGUUGAGAGGGACAGUAGAAGAACUGCAGUCAAAGGUGGAAGAGUUGGAAUCGAAUUUAACUGCUGUAGCAGCUGGAGAAGGUGAAACAAGGCAACUAGCUGAAAGUGCUCGCCGGGCUGCAGAGUUUCGUGAAAAAAACACCCAGUUGGAAAGGAAAUUGCAGGCACUGCAGGACAAUGAAAAAAAGCUCGAGCAAGAGAACGAGAAGUUAAACAUGCAAAUCAUAGAAAUGGAGUCCACUGUUACUUCCAAAAUAAAUGAGUUGACAAGGCAGAAGGAGGUGUUGUCGUUCCAAGUCAAGUCCCUGCAGAGCUCGCUCCAAGACUCUGUGCCCCUGCAUGUGCUGGAGGAGGCCAGCAGGCAGCAGGCAGACGUGGUCGCCAAGUACACAGACCUGCUGCAGAGGGAGCAGAUAUUGUUGUGUGAGAAACAGUAUUCUGAAUGGUUGCAAGCUGAGGUUGAGACGCUGCAGAGCAACAAGUGUGAGUUGGAACGCGCUCUGCAAGAAGCUAAAGAGAAACUACAUCUUAAUGAAGCCCUGGUGUCUGUGGGUCAAGAAACAGUAACUAAAGAUACCCAUGAUGAUCAGAUUGUGAUGCUGUCGAAGAAACUGGCCGCUCUCGAGGUGCAGCUAACUCAUGAAAAACAGAAAGCAGAUCAUGCUGAAAAAAUGUUCUCAAUUUUGAAAGAGCAGAUAACUCAGCUUGAAGAACGAAACACGUACCUGGAGUCUAGCAAUGCUGACCUUGUGAAGGAGACUGCAUCUUUACAACAAGCAAAAGAACUGCAGAAUAGCCUCUCAGUAACCAUGGAUCUCUCUGAAAUUCAUCAAGUCAAAGAAAAAUGUACUGAGCUAGAAAAAGAAUUGCUGGUGCUGCGUCAGGAGAGCGACCGCCGGCGGGAAGUAGCGGACGUCGCCCGGCGACAGGUGCGGGCCCUGGAGCUCGGCCAGGCCGGUCGACAACUGCAGCUGGAGUUCGCCAGGAGGCAGGUGCUGGACCUGCAGUCGGCCAGCGACGACAAGAUGACCAUAGGGAGACUUGGCCAUGAAGUGCUGACAGCAAAACUUGCAGAGAUGGCCGCCUCCAAGAAAGCAGAGCACCUUAAGAGUGAGGUCAUUCAUCUAAAAACUGUCAUCAUGAAAAAAGAAGGCCUAUUAGAUGAGAAGGAGAAAGAAGUUUCCCAGCUAAGAAUUAAGCUCAUCAGCUGUUGCAGGUCGUUCCAGCAGCUGAGCCAAGGGUUCCGCCGGCAGAGCUGGGCGGCGGCGGCCUGGUCCGGCCGGGAGCAGCACUCCCGCCUGCUGCACCGCUGGCUGCGGGAGCAGCAGGGGCUGCGGGAGAGGGCAGCCCGGGCCGAGGAGCAGGCUCAUGCCGCCGCCGCCAGAGAGCAGGAGCUGCGGCUGCGGCUCCAAGCCGCGGGGGAACCGUCGGUCGACGGGAGCCGCUCCACCACGGAGCCGCAUCUCGCGGAGCUGAGAAGCCAGAGGAAAGUCAAAUUUUUGGAACUGCAGUUGAAGCAAAUGGAGGAGAAGGCCAGCAAGCAGGAAGAGUACAUAUCAGUGGUGGAAAAUGAGUUGGCAGAUCUACAGAAGAACUGGGAACAAGCACAGCUUUUAUGGCAGCAAACUCAAUUGUUAGAGUCACAAGAAAGAGCUGACGUAAAAAUUACUUCGCAAGAUAUUGCAUCAACUGAUCAUCUCAAAGGCACCAGCGAACCAUCUAAAAGUGCCAGAGAAGAAUUGCAGCAGGCAAUGUGCCUUGUAGGGAAUCAGGUACAAAGCCUGCUGAAAUAUGAAGCAGAACUCAUUCAACUGAAGGAGAAAGUCUUGUUAUUGAGCAAGGAGGUGGAAGUGAAGGACAGUCUCCUCCAGAAAAAAGAUGCAGCCAUUCUUGACGUGCAAAUUGAACCUGCCAAGCUACAGGAUACUUGCGAGUCAUCUUCUGAGCAGCCACAUGAUAAACUCGCUCUCAAGGUGACGUUGGAGAGUUUGCAGACAAUCGUGAGUCAGAAGGAGGAAACGAUCAGUCACUACAAGAACUUGCUGAAAGAGGCUCGCGCUGAGCACAGAGAGGCUUCAGCCAAGCUUCAGGAGGAGGUGCAAGCCCUCCAGAUGGCUUUAGUCAUGCAGGAACAGGAGUGCAACAGGCUGAAGGGCGGGCCGGCAGGCCCCCUGCAGCCCAGCCUGGCCGCGCUCCAGAGGCAGGUGCAGAGGAACCAGCAGCUGCAGGAGGAGGCGGAGGAGAUGCGGGCCGCAGCUGCCCAGCUGGGAGCGUGCCGGCAGGAGGCGGACCGCUGGCGGCGGCUGGCGGAGGACCGGCUCUUCCACCUGGGCGAGAUGCGACGCAGGCUGGAAGAACAGCACCGCAGCGAGCUCCAGACGUACCAGGAGGAGGCCCAGAGCUGCCGUGAGGAGCGAGACGCCUUGGAGCAGCAGCUGGUCUCUGCCCACGAGGAGCUGGGGCACGGUCCCUCCGCCAUCCUCAAGAACACAGUCGCCGUCUUGAAGGCUCAGCUGCAGGAGAGGGACGGGAAGAUGAUGCAGAUGUCGCAGACAGUUCUCAACCUGCAGAAUCAGUUGAAAAAACAGAUUAAGGCAGAGAAAACAUCACAAACUCAAAGUGUUGAAGAUUUGCAACAGAGUAAAAGCCUGAAAGAACAGCUAUCGACGUUGAUGGAGGAAAAUAAAAAGCUGAAAGAUCAGUUGAAUAUCAGACAGCGAAGGCCAAGGAGAGAUGUAUCAGCUGAAAGAGUGGCAUCAGCUGUGGAAGAAGACUUGAAGAAAAAAGUAGCAGAACUGGAAGAGAAGCUAAAAGAAAAAUCUGACACAGAUAAUGCUGCUGAAGCAAAAAGAUUGAAGUCUGCCGAAGAAAUAGCACGAUGGAAUGAGCGCAAAAAGUGGCAGCAGGCAGUUGAGAAAUUAAAGGUCUCUGAAAAAGAAAAAGCGAAUGAAGUUGAGAAACUGCAGAAAACCAUACAGGGUCUCAGGAGCUGUAUUACUCGUCUAGAAAAAGAGAAGAAUGUUCUGAGCGCUCGACUCAAAACCGCUAAAGGAGCCGACAACUCGCAGCUGGAGAGGCUGGAGCUGGAGAGGUGCCGGCUGGAGACGGAGGUAGCCGUGCUCCGGAGCAAGCUGGAGGCUCAGCAGCGCCACUCGUCCGGCCUGGGCGCCGCCAUCUUGGAGGAGCGGCUCGAGGCCCAGCAGCACAGGAUCGCAGCACUCGAGCUCGCCAAGAAGGGGGACAUGGCAGUGGUGGAAGAGCUGCAGAAGGCGAAGGAAGCGAAUUCUGUUUUGGAGAGAGCCAACUUGCGUCUGGAGAGCGAGAACCUGGAGCAGCGCCUGGAACUGGAGAAGAUCCCGCAGCUGAGGGAGCAAGUCCAGCAUCUGGAAAAGUCUGUUAGUAUUCUCAAAGAAGAGAAUUUAAUGCAGCAACGAAGCGUAACUGUGGAAAGUGAAAACAGAAGUGAGACUAGGAAAACCAACAGAGAGUUGCAGAAGACAAUCUUGGCAAUGAAGAGAGUUGUGGAAACGCUGCAAGAAGAAAACAAACAUUUGAAGCAGACAAGAGAAGCUAACACAUCACAUACUGCACAGGAGCAAGCUCACAGAGGAAAGUCAGGCUUGCAGACAGAGGCAGAAGUGGACAGGAAUGAGCGGUACUCAUCACUCAUCAAGCAGAACAAGGAUCUGGGUUGUGAGCUGGAGUCGACCAGACAACACAUUAAGUUGUUGGAAGAAAGAAUCCAGUCAUUGCGAGGGGAGGGCGCGUCGAGCUCCGACCAGGUGGCGCUGCUGCAGGCGCAGCUGUCGCGCAAGACGCAGAUCCUGGACCGGGUGAAGGUGUUGCUGAAGCGUGCGGCCGUGAAGGAGAGGUCGCUGCUUGACCAGGUGAAGAUUCUACAAAGUUUGAUUCCAGAUAAUGUUCUACAGCACCACCAGCUAUCAACUUCUCAAUUGGGAGGCGGUGAUGGUUACAAAUCUUGAUAAGACAUUUAUUUUUGGCAUUUGUUGAUCUCAUUUGUUUUUCUAGUCAGAAAUGAUUUUACAAGUAAAAAUUUGUAAGAAAUAUAUUCUAACUUAAGUAUG